UUUGUUGAAACUGUGCCAGGAAAAGGUGCGAGCCGUUUUGCAAUGUCUCUUGUAUCUGCUAGUACCGGUCGAUUUUGGGCACGUUCGGCUAAAAUAAUCCGAUUCGUUCGGCAGGGAUGCACUAAUCGUCCAUUCUUUCAUAUCGUAGUAAUGGAGCGCCGAAAAGAUCAGUAUCAACCAGUGAUCGAGCAAGUAGGAACUUACGAUCCAAUUCCGAAUGAACAUAACGAACAACUGGUAUCCUUCAAUUACGAGCGCAUCCGACAUUGGAUAGGUAGUGGCGCCCACAUUUCACACCCCGUGGCCGAGCUGUUAGGUAUCGCUGGUUUGUUGCCUAUUCAUCCACGUACUUAUAUGACCGCAUGGCGCAACCGGCAGCUAGUUGAGAAACUUGCCCAAGUACAGGCGACGAAUCAGACACUGGAACAUUCUAACUCUAGUUAAUAAAAAACAAUAAUAGAACAGCAAUGAAAUAUUGUCAUUGUUAGUUUAGUAUUUAAAAUAAAAACGCAAUCAAACUAUAGAAACUUAUGUUCGAGAAGAAAUGUGUUAUUUGGUCCGUGUAACAGUGUAACAGUGUUUGUAACAGUAGUCGGUAAGAAUAGGAGAAACUCCGUUCCUCUCCCAUCUUGCUUUUGUUGGAUAUUUAUUGUUGGAUUUAUUGUUGAAAUCUUUUUUCACGAAAACGAAAGCCAGUAUUUCCUUAUGAUCCUACCCCCUUCGCCGGCAGACCAUUUCAGUACUCCGGUGCAUACCAAAAAAAUCUGUAUACUUUGCUAUCCCUCUCCCCUUAUUUUUUGUAUGGCGAAGCCUGCCAGCGUCAACUUUACAUAAAAAAUCUAUAUAUAUGUUAGGUCUGCAAAUUAAUUAGCUCGGUUUUUAUUCGAUAUUUGUAACCUACUUACAUCAAUAAAACGUAUGAC